AGAAGGAGGAGGAGGAGGAGGAGGAAGUUAAGAAGCAGAAUUCAAAGAAGAAGAAUGUUAAAGAUGCAGCACCCACACCGGAGAAGCGUGAAGCCUUAGCGGUGAAGGGGCGUAGGGGCGGUAAGAGCGGCGGCGUUGGUCUCGGCGUGUGGGUAACAGUGACAGCUCUAAGCGGGGUGUGUGUGGCGCUGCUGGUCACUGUGCACACCUUGAAUGGGAAACUGAAGGCUGGGGUGUCAUCUGAGCGUGUGGAGGAGCUAGAGACCACGCUUUCUACAGUGAGGCGAAGUUGGAAGUGAGAGAAGAGGAAAGAGAAACACUAAUGAUCCAACUCCUAGAAACCCAGGCGGCGGCGCGAAGUAUUGAGGACGUGGAUGAGGAAAGAGAGGAGAGAGAGAGGGCACUAGCGGAGGAGAAGGUAAGAGUGGCUGUGUUGGAGGGCGUGGUGUCCCGGCUGGAGGGGGCGCUGAAGGUCCAGAAGGAGGAGAGGAUGGCAGCGGAGGAGGACAAGGAGAAGAUGAAGAAGUUAGAAGAGGUGACAGGAAUACUUCAAAAACAGAGAGAUGAGUUACUGCGCGCGGCUGAAGAAGGACAGAGACUCCUAUUCGAGGCUCGGGAAGGACUCAAACUGUCACAGAAGCAGAUGAACAGCAUGAGUGAGGAGAAGAAGACGAUGCAGGAGAAACUGAAGACACUGGAAGAGGAAUUGAAGGGAACGAAAGGGGAACUGGAAGACACGAAGGGAGAACUAGAGGAAACGAAGAGAGAAAUGGAGGAAAUUAGAGAAGAAUUGGAGAAAGAGAAGGAACAAAUGCAGAAUGAACAGGUAACGAAGCAGCAAGAGGAAGAAGAGAAGGAGGAAGAGAUGAAGAGAAUGAAGGAAGAGAUGGAGAAGAUGGAAGAGGAGAUGGCGAAGAAGGAAGAGGAGAUGGAGAGAAUCACGAAGGAGAUGAACAAGAAGGAGGAGGAGAUAAAAAAGAGAGAUGAAAGAAACAAAGAAUUGACGGCGGCGCUGCAGAAGGCGGAGGUGGAGACGGCUGCAUCAAGAGGCUUCUUACAAAACGCACAAGAGAGAUUGGAGGAAGCAACAGCCAGGGCCGCCAUGAUGGAGAGGCAAUGGCAGAAGACAGUAGAAGAUAUAAAGGCAAGAGAAGAAGAGGAAGAAGAAGAAGAAGAAGAAGAAGGAGGAGGAGGAGGAGGAGAGAAGAGGAAGAAGAAAAAGAAGAAGUAGUAGAAGAAGAAGGAAGAGAAGAAGAAGGUAAA